UUUGGGUCUCGCCCAAUGCCGAGCAAAAUAGCUCGACAUCACGAGGUAUUCGGGAUUUGCAGUUCGUUCGACCGAAGACCCGGGCUCGACUCCAGCCGAAGCGUUUCUUUUCUCGCCUUUUUCCCCUCCUCGCCAAUAGCGUACAGGCACAGAGGGACUCAUGCGCAUCUCUCCUGGUGGUGCCGACGGCGCAGAUAAACCCCGCCUCCGGCGCCGGUGGUCAACUCCGCCCGGCAGCCAAACCUCGUAGGGUCCUCUCCCGCCCCGUCCAGUAGCUUGGCCGCCCUUGUCCACGCCGCAAUCAAGGCCGAUUCCGGCCGGAAUCGAGGCCGCGAGGCGGGACGACGAGCUCGGGGACACGAGGCCGAUUCCGUCCAAUCCCUCGGCCGCGCCGAUUCGAUUUUGGAAUUGGGGACUGAGCCUGCCUCCUUAAGGAGCUGGAGCGGCGCCGCCUCGUGCCUGCAGGCCAUGGCGCUGCGUGGACCGGAGCACAUGGUCGCUAGCUGAGCCACGAUGGAUCGAUGGAUUCCCGGAUGGAUGCGAGACUCGAUUCAGUCUAAGACUCGGUAAGUAAGCAAGCAAGGAAGAGGGUGAGGUGCUGCCAGCCUGCCAGUGCUGGUGGACUGGAUUUGCUGCUGGGUAAUGUAGCCAGCAGAAGCAGAUUGUGGCUGUCGGAACUCGGAAUCGGGUGGAAGAAAAGGAAGCUGCUUUCCUCCUCGUGCGUGCGCGGUACAAAUGCAAUUUAUCAUUUUCGUAUGUAUCAAGUUUGUGUUUCUAAUACCUAAACGUCCAAACAGAAAUAUUAAUAUUUAAUAUCAAUAUCAAUAUCAAUAUCUUGUGAUAUUGUCAUUGAAACCAAUGCAAUGCCAAGCUUCACAAUAUCUACAUCCAAACAAAGUCUAAAAAUAUAAUUGUUAUUAUGAGCAUUAGUAUUUAAACCCACCAGGAUAGAGUCGUGAAGUCACAACUCUACCACCACAUCAAGAGGUAUUUCUCAAUCAUGAAUUUUGUUGGGAAGUGAGCCUCGUUAGAAUUAAAGAGGGCAGAGCAAGUCACGUCCCACGAGAAAAAUUAGUAUUUUCAGUCAUCGGUCCCUCGUCUGGUGCCGCCAUCUUGGCCUCGUGAGACGGACUAGAUCUCAGAUCAGGAUACACAAUGUUGUUGACUCUGAACACAGCUUAAAAGAAUUUUGGCAUAGAAAUUUGAAAGAGAACGUGAGUUGUUUUUUUCUGAGCGAAAAGGGAACGUGAGUGCCCAAGUGGAACAGGCAAGAUGGGCCACCCGCUGUCAACGAUUGAAUUUUUCAAGAGAACUAAAGAACUGGGCUUCAGCCCAUUUAUGCUCAAUGGGCGAUGCACGUUCCCGUUUUCUGCGUUCUGCAAAGUUCAAACCUCACUCGCUAGAUCAAACGGGGGCGAAAGCAGAUCGGCCGGCGGCGAGCCAGGUGCUGGAGCACAAGUCCCUGCCGAUUCCGGCUGGGAGUCGAAUCGGGUGUGCGCCUGAUUUUUCCAUAAUCGCAGCAGGACACCUUUGGCGAAGGCACGAAUACGCUAAGAUGGCCACUGAUGCCAAAACAGAGGAGAAGGGUAUGAAUGUGGAGAAGAGGAGGAAGACCAAGAAAACUUUCAUGGUACCGCAGCACCAGUUGGAUGAGAUACUUGGCUACAAAGUGAGACCCGUUCCGCCUAGUCUGGCCGAACAGAAUCCUUCACGCGCCGCCAAGAUUGAGAAACUCAAUGAAAUCAUUGUGGCCAAGCAGGAGAAGUUCAGGCGUGAGUACGAGGCCCAAGGCUACGCGACUUUUGAAGCAGAGGUCACCGAUGAUGAGCAAGAGAAAGAGGCGAACCCCUCAGCAGCAUCUUCAAUAGAGGAAGACGCAAACCCCUCAGCAGCGUCUUCAAUAGAGGAAGACGCAAACCCCUCAGCAGCUUUUUCGAUCCCACAAGGAAGAAGAGGCCGAAGAAGAUUCCCCCCGGCCCGGGAGUCAUGAAACACGCAAACGGCAUUAAGAAACUUACGUAGUUCCUAGUUCCUACGCGUGUUUUGGUUUUCCCUUGCAGACUGCUAUACUUGUUUGUUCUCCUCACUCACAGACUGCACAUACUUGCUUGUUCUCUGAAAUUUCUGAAGAACACAUAGUGAGAAGGAGAGAGAUCAAAGAAGAAGUGAUGCUGUACUUUUCAACAAAAGUUUCUUUUGGUAGGUAAUUUUUUUAAUAAUAGCGGAAUUUGGAAAAGGUCAUCCGCCGGAAGAGAAAUAUUAAGGCCCAUUGGGGAAAAAUGUCGAUGAAUGGUUCCAAUAGUCA